CUCAUGUGUUUUUGCUUUCCUUUUUCCCUUCCCACACAACGAAUCUACAAAGAAAGAAAAAAGACGUGGUUUUUCUUCCAUCGCCUCGCAGUCUACCUUUUGCACAUUUUUGCAUCCCUGCAUUUUUCCAUUUGCGCUGUCCCGCCUUAUUCCCCGGACUCUCGUUCUCGCUGCCCCGAAAAGUCCGGUCGCGGAUUUCAGAAGCUGCCUCGGUCAACCGGCCGCCGCCCUCUCUGCAUCUCUCUCUGCGACGCCAAAACAUCGAUUUUCACGCAACGACAACAACACGACGACUGAAUUUUCUGCGAUUGUCCCCCCGUACGAAAUCAUAUACACAUUAUAUACACUCGCGCACCAUGUCGGCGGCUCUGCAGGAAAUCAAGGCUGCCUUGGAGCAAAUUAUCCUCGAUCCUCGUUACCAUGAUCUGCUCUCGCUGGUCAAGACGGCGCGCAAUGGUGCUGUCUAUGGAACCAAAGUCCGAUUCCCACAUGCGCUUGUCAUGAUCUUCCUCUUCCGAUCUGGCACAUUCCGACAAAAGGUCGAGCUGGUGCUCCGAGCCACCAAGAAGCAUGCCAUGAACUUGGCCAGAUUCGCCAGCAUCUACAAGAUUGUCAUGCUGGCCCUCAAGUACUACGGCCCUACACCGGGCAAGGAGGGUCCCUACGACAGCUUCCUCGCCGGUCUCGUCGGCGGCUACUUCGUCUUUGGCGCCCGCUCGCGCCACGGCAAGAUCUCGUCGGUCAACCAGCAGAUUGUCAUCUACAUCUUUGCCCGCGUCACGCUGGCCCUCGCCCGCCUGGCCGUCAAGCAGGGCACUGGCUUCCCCGUCGUGUCCAACGAGCCUCUUAGCUCCCAGAUCAGCUACUACGCCUGGCCCGUCUUUGCCUCGGUGUCCUGGGGCGCCGUCAUGGCCUUGUUCCGCUACCACCCAGAGGACCUGCAGCCCAGCUUGCGCAGCAGCAUGACGUAUAUCUACAAGGACUGCAAUAACUGGGAUUCGCUGAGAACAUUGGUGUGGCACAACAAAUAGAAGAAACGACAUAUAGACCUGUUUUUGUCUUUUUUUUCAUCAUUUUCUGGAACUGACAGUGGAGGAACGUUUUCUGUGGCAAUUACGAUACCGAAUGCAUGAUAUACAAUCGUUGGUAGACGGGGGGGGGAAGCCUUUGCUUUGGCGUUGAACAAAUGUCUCUCUAUGUCUCUGUGUCUUUUUACAUAUAUACAUUUUUUGUUCUUUUAUUUCCAUCCUGCUCUAUGGUUUUUGAAUAUAUUUAGAAAAAUUGUUUUUACUAUAAAUUAGGUUCCUAGCUUUAUUCCCAUAGUAAUAUCUUGGUAGCAGGCUGCAACCCCGCCACCAAAAGCCUUGGAGCUACAGUAGCUGUCUGCCCCACCCCCCGCCAAACGUCUGCCUUGCACGCCUUCACGAUCUCCCAACCAUCAC